CGCGACCGUCGCACGGUGUGUAACCGCGACGCGCGUCGAUCACCAUGAGCGGCGCGUUCAAAUCCCGCGACGAGCACCGCAGGGCGCAGGAGCUCGAGGAGGCUCGUAAGGCCGGUCUCGCCCCCGCGGAGCUCGAUGAGGACGGGAACGAGAUCAACCCGCACAUCCCGCAGUUCAUGGCCGCGGCGCCGUGGUACCUGUCGCAGAACAAGCCGGGCCUGAAGCAUCAGAAAGCCUUCAACCUCGUCGAGAAAGAGGGCGGGGACUGGUACAAGCGCGGCGUGAAGACGUUCCAGGCGACGAAGUUCCGCAAGGGCGCGUGCGAGAACUGCGGCGCGAUGACGCACAAGAAGAAGGACUGCGUGGAGCGCCCGAGGAAAGCGGGCGCGGCCAAGACGGGGAAGAACAUCGCCGCGGACGAGCUCAUCCAAGCCGACGUCGACCUCAACUACGACGGCAAGCGCGAUCGGUACAACGGCUUCGACGCGAGCGACUACUCGAGGGUCGUCGACAGGUUCGACAAGGCGGAGGCGCUGAAGCAAGAGGUGGCGAAGAAGAAGGAGCUCGAGCGCGCGUACCGGAAAGCGAACCGCGCCGACGGAGACGUCCCCGAAGAGAAGGACGAAGACGACGCCGCCGAGUCCAGCGACAGCGACGACGACGCGAAAGUAGAGGACGCGGACGCGCAGGGGUUCAUGAAGGUCACGAAGCGCGUGCGCAGCGCGGGCGGCGGCGCGUCGAUGACGGUGAGAAACCUCCGGAUUCGCGAGGACACGGCGAAGUACCUGCGCAACUUGGACCUCUCCUCGGCGUACUACGACCCCAAGACGCGGUCGAUGCGCGAGAACCCGACGCCGAACAACGACCCGUCGGAGCAAUUCUACGUCGGGGAUAACGUCACGCGGAAGACCGGGGACACGCUCGGGUUCGAGCGUCUGAACGGCCACGCGUUCGACGCGUAUCAGAAGGGCCAGGAGAUUCACAUGCAGGCGGCGCCGUCGCAGGCGGAGCUCCUGUACAAGCAGUUCAAGGAGAAGAAGGACAAGCUCACGGGGGUGACGAAGGAUAAGAUUUUGGAAAAGUACGGCAACGCCGCGUCGGCGGACCCCGCGCCGGAGGGUUUACUUCUCGGACAGACGGAGCAGUACGUGGAGUACGACCGCGCGGGAAGGCUCGUGAAGGGGGGCGAGAGGGUGGUGCUCAAGUCGCGCUACGAGGAGGACGUCUACGAGCAAAACCACAAGAGCGUGUGGGGGUCGUACUGGCACGCGGGGCAGUGGGGGUACGCGUGCUGCCGGUCGUUCUCGAAGAACGCGUACUGCACCGGGAUUCGAGGGAUCGAAGCCUCGAACGCGAGCGCGGAUCUCAUGAAGGACAACCUCGCGGCGAGAGAGGCGGCGAUGGACGCGAAGAAAAAAGAGGAGGAGGAGGAGGAAGCCGCCGCCGCCGCCGCCGCCGCGACGGGCGGAGAGAAGAAGAAGAAGACGAAGAACCCGUUCGAGGCGAAGAAGGACAUGUGGGGCGGCGACGUCGAGGAGGACGUCGCGCUGGACCCGAAGAAGCUCAUGGAGGCGCUGAGGAAGGAAGACGCGCGGUUGAAAGAAGGCGACGACGACGACGACGGCGACGGAGGGAAGGGCGAUCGCAAACGCGGGUACAACGUGAACCACGAGGUGGACGUCACCGAGGAGGAGAUGGAGGCGUACCGGCUGAAACGGAGUCGGAAGGACGACCCGAUGAACGCCCCGGACGCGGGCACGAAAGGGUACGAUCUCGUGUAGGAGCCGCGCGCCGCGCUGUACUGUAGUAGUCGGAUGACGCAUUGUAUUAGUUCUCACGCUACGAGUAAAAG